UGAGAGUAAUUCAUAAAAAGUUUAAGAUAUCUAGUAUUUAUUUAUUUUAAGAUGACAUAAAAUGAAAAUGAAUUGUAGUUUUUUUUUUUUUGAGGGGGAAAGUGUAUUAUAGUUAUAUUGAGACAAAGGGGGUAAGGAUAAUGUGUGCAUGUUGAAUGGGGAUGGAAAUUCGAUAAAUCUCAUAUAUAUAUAUAUAUACAUGAAAAUAUAAAAUAAGAAUAUAUAUCCACAAAAUGAUUUAGUGUCUGAAAAUAAUGAGAAGUUGCACAUAAAUAGAAAAAAUUGUAAAAUUGAAAGGCUAGGCGGAAAAAUCUCAAGUAACACAACUACAUACACAAUAUUGAUGGAAAAAAAGAAAGCUCUACCAUUACCAUGUUUCCUUGUGUUGCUCAUUUUGAAGUUGAUUAUAAUCUGUCCUAUUCUUAGCCUGAUCUUGUUUGUUUGUUGGUUUUGGGUUUCUCAUAUCAUAUGCCAUCAAAAAUAUUGUAUUUGCCCUUGACCUAUCUCUUUUGCAAGAGAGGUCUAGGUCUAGGUCAUCAAAUUUUAGCCUUGUAAAGGGCAGGGCGGUGAUCAUCUGCCCUUUACAUCCAUACCAAUUACCCAUACAUGGCUCCUGUGCAACACCAACCGCGCCAACAUUCUCUUGUUUUCUUGUUCAUCAUCUUCCUCCACAUUGCCAUUUCUUAUAGCGCGUCUUCCUCAUCAGAAGCUGCAAACGCCCUUUUAAAGUUUAAGGAAAGCCUAAAGGAUGAUUCCGGAGCUCUUUCAACUUGGACUCCUUCUACACCUCCAUGUUUCGGCAACAAGAAUAAUUGGGUUGGUAUUAUCUGCUCGAGAGCUGGUAAUAUUUGGGGAUUAAGGCUUGAAAAUAUGAAAUUAUCAGGAUCUAUUGAUGUUGAUUCUCUUGCAAGUGUAUCAAAAUUAAGGUCCAUAAGUUUUAUGCACAACAGUUUUAGUGGCCCUUUGCCUGAUGUUAGGAAGUUAAGAGCUUUAAAAGGACUUUUUUUGUCAUAUAACAAUUUUGAUGGCUCUAUUCCUCCUGAUGCAUUUGAGGGUUUGAGACGUUUAAGGAAACUUCAUUUAUCAUUUAACAAAUUUAGUGGUGAAAUUCCUAUUUCUUUGGCUUCUUUGGAAAAACUUGUGGAGUUAGAUCUUGGUAAUAACCAAUUUCAAGGCGCUGUUCCUGAUUUUAAAGCUGCCCAAUCUCUUAAACUUUUCAACCUUGCCAAUAAUCAAUUGCAAGGCCCUCUUCCUCCUGCUCUUUCUAAAUUUGAUUCUUCUAUUUUUUCAGGCAACAAAGAGCUAUGUGGACCACCUCUAAAUGCCUGCCCACCAUCCACCGACCAAAAGGUAGAGACAUCACCGCCAUCACAGCCACGGCCACCGCCGAAAUCAGAUAAACCACUUCCAAUAUUAGCCAUAGCUGCUGGAGUGGCCAUGGCAGUAAUCUUGGCAAUCUUACUGGUUAUAAUGGUAAUUCGAAACAGUCGACACGAGAAAAGAGACGAAAGUACUAAUAACAGGCCUUCUUCUACGUCCAAUAUGCCAAAGAAACCUAUGGUAGAACACGGCGACGAAGGCUCUCCUAGAAGCACAGCAAGUGUGGCUGCUGGUGGUGGUGGUGGUGCUGGUGGCAGGAAUAAUAAAGGCGAAAGCGGGGGGAAGUUGACGUUUGUAAGGGAGGAUAGAGAGAAAUUUGACUUGCCAGAUUUGCUUAAAGCUUCAGCUGAGAUACUGGGAAGUGGAUGUUUUGGUUCAUCCUAUAAGGCUACUUUGAACAAUGGAAGUGCAGUAGUUGUAAAAAAGUUUAAACAAAUGAAUAAUGUGGGAAGAGAGGAGUUUCAAGAACAUAUGAGAAGGUUGGGGAGGUUAUCACACCCUAACUUACUUCCUCUAGUGGCUUAUUACUAUAGAAAGGAAGAAAAACUCUUUAUAAGUGACCCUGUAGAAAAGGGUAGCCUUGCUGUCCUCCUCCACGGCCAAACGCGAGGAGCACCAACCUUAGAUUGGCCAACUCGUUUGAAGGUAAUCAAAGGAGUAGCUAAAGGUCUAUCAUACCUAUACAAAGAGCUUGCUUGCUUAGUUGCACCUCAUGGACAUCUUAAGUCAUCAAAUGUUCUACUUGACGCCUCAUUUGAGCCUAUACUAAGUGAUUAUGCUCUAAUUCCUAUCAUCAACCAAGAAAGUGUGCAAGAAAUGAUGGUGGCUUACAAGUCACCUGAGUACUUCAAUAAUGGUCGAGUCACCAAGAAAACCGAUGUAUGGUCACUUGGGAUCUUAAUCAUAGAAGUCUUGACAGGAAAAUUUCCAGCAUCUUACUUGCAACAAGGGACUGAAGUUGAUAUGACAAUUUGGGUAAGAUCUGUGAUUAAUGAAGGAUUUGACAAGAGCAUGGGGCAAACAAGAAAUUGUGAGGGUGAAAUGCAAAAAUUACUCGACAUUGGGAUGGCUUGUUGUGAGAGUAAUGUUGAUAAGAGGUUAGACAUUAAGGAAGCUUGCGACAGGAUUGAGGAGGUCCGAGAGCCUGAAGACGACUUCUAUUCGAUGUGCGCAAGCACAGAGGCUGAUGCGCGCUCGUCUAGAGGAACAUCGGAUGAUUUUACAGUGACUAUCAAUUAGAUCUUCCUACAAUAUAUACAACCAUGCAUACGCAUAGUCGUAUGUAUAUCCAAAAAGCUAGCUGUUGUGUACCACAAUCUGUGUCACUUAUUCUUGUCGGUUCGUUUUAGCUUUAGGGUUGACCAUGUUCUGCUCUUUUUCAAAAAAACAUGUUGAUAUAUAUACAUAUAUACACCAAUAAAAGUGAGUGACAUAUAUAGUGGUACACAAAAUAUUGGGAGUUUAUGAGUUACAACAUUCAUGUGGCUAGCUAGUUUGUAAGCAAGGAAAAUCAUGACAGCUCUUAAAUGCCUUUGCCUUCUCUUAAAAAUUGUUCGGAUUUAUUGACAGACAACAUUAAGAUCAGAUUGAGAUUUAGUCCUUGGAA